UUCCUGUAGAGAAAACAGUAUCCAGUGAAAAAGCAUCAAGUACUCCAUCUGCUGAGACUCAAGAAGAAUUUGUAGAUGACUUUCGAGUUGGGGAGCGAGUUUGGGUGAAUGGGAAUAAGCCUGGAUUUAUCCAGUUUCUUGGAGAAACCCAGUUUGCACCAGGCCAAUGGGCUGGGAUUGUUUUAGAUGAACCUAUAGGCAAGAAUGAUGGUUCAGUGGCAGGAGUUCGAUACUUCCAGUGUGAACCUUUAAAGGGCAUAUUUACCAGACCUUCAAAGUUAACAAGGAAGGUGCAAGCAGAAGAUGAAGCUAACGGCCUACAGACAACUCCUGCUUCCAGAGCUACUUCACCUCUGUCUGCUUCUGCAGCAAGCAUGGUGCCCUCCUCCCCGGCACCCACCUCAAGUAUUCCCUAUAAGCUGUCCCAGUCAGCAGCAAAGGAGCCUUCAAGUACGUCUCAGAUCAGCAACCUUACAAAAACUACUAGUGAAUCUAUCUCUAACCUUUCAGAGGCUGGCUCAAUCAAGAAAGGAGAAAGAGAACUCAAAAUUGGAGAUAGAGUAUUGGUUGGUGGCACUAAAGCUGGCGUAGUCCGGUUUCUUGGGGAGACAGACUUUGCUAAGGGAGAAUGGUGUGGUGUGGAGUUGGAUGAACCUCUUGGGAAGAAUGAUGGCGCCGUUGCUGGAACAAGGUAUUUUCAGUGUCAACCCAAAUAUGGCCUGUUUGCUCCUGUUCACAAAGUGACCAAGAUCGGCUUCCCUUCCACUACGCCAGCAAAAGCCAAGGCUGCCGCAGUGAGACGAGUAAUGGCCACCACGCCUGCCAGCCUGAAGCGAAGCCCUUCUGCCUCUUCCCUUAGCUCCAUGAGCUCAGUGGCCUCUUCCGUGAGCAGCAAGCCCAGUCGGACAGGACUAUUGACUGAAACCUCCUCCCGUUACGCCAGGAAGAUCUCCGGCACCACUGCCCUCCAGGAGGCCCUGAAGGAGAAGCAGCAGCACAUUGAGCAGCUGCUGGCUGAACGGGAUCUAGAGAGGGCGGAGGUGGCCAAGGCCACGAGCCACGUGGGGGAGAUAGAGCAGGAACUAGCUCUGGCCCGGGACGGACACGACCAGCAUGUCCUGGAAUUGGAGGCCAAGAUGGACCAGCUGCGAACAAUGGUGGAAGCUGCUGACAGGGAGAAGGUGGAGCUUCUCAACCAAUUGGAAGAGGAGAGAAGGAAAGUUGAGGACCUUCAGUUCCGGGUUGAAGAAGAAUCAAUUACCAAAGGCGAUCUUGAGCAAAAGAGCCAGAUUUCUGAAGAUCCUGAGAAUACGCAGACCAAACUGGAGCAUGCCCGCAUUAAGGAGCUUGAACAGAGCCUGCUCUUUGAAAAGACCAAAGCUGACAAACUCCAGAGGGAGUUAGAAGACACUAGGGUGGCUACGGUAUCAGAAAAAUCACGUAUAAUGGAAUUAGAGAAAGACCUAGCACUGAGAGUACAGGAAGCAGCUGAGCUCCGAAGAAGGCUGGAGUCCAAUAAACCUGCUGGGGAUGUGGAUAUGUCACUUUCUCUAUUGCAAGAGAUAAGCUCUUUGCAAGAAAAGUUAGAAGUCACCCAUACUGACCACCAGACAGAAAUAGCUUCUCUGAAAGAACAUUUUGGAGCCCAGGAAGAAACUUAUCAGAAGGAGAUAAAGGCUCUUUAUACUGCCACAGAGAAGCUUUCCAAAGAGAACGAGUCAUUGAAAAGCAAGCUUGAUCAUGCCAACAAAGAGAAUUCAGAUGUGAUAGCUCUGUGGAAGUCCAAACUGGAGACUGCCAUUGCAUCCCACCAGCAGGCGAUGGAAGAGCUGAAGGUGUCCUUUAGCAAAGGGGUUGGAACAGAGAUAGCAGAAUUUGCUGAAUUAAAAACACAAAUAGAGAAAAUGAGACUUGAUUACCAGCAUGAAAUAGAAAAUUUACAGAAUCAACAAGACUCUGAGCGGUCUGCUCAUGCUAAAGAGAUAGAAGCCCUAAGGGCUAAACUGAUGAAGGUCAUUAAGGAAAAGGAGAGCAGUCUGGAAGCCAUCAAAUCAAAACUGGACAAAGCGGAAGACCAGCAUCUAGUAGAAAUGGAAGACACGUUAAACAAAUUACAGGAAGCUGAAAUAAAGGUAAAGGAGCUAGAGGUACUACAAGCCAAAUGCAAUGAACAAACCAAGGUUAUUGAUAAUUUUACAUCACAGCUCAAGGCUACUGAAGAAAAGCUUUUGGAUCUUGAUGCACUUCAGAAAGCCAGUUCCGAAGGUAAAUCGGAAAUUGAGAAACUUAGACAGCAGCUUGAGGCAGCUGAGAAACAGAUUAAAAAUUUAGAGAUUGAAAAGAAUGCUGAAAGUGGCAAGGCUAGUAACAUCACCAAAGAGCUCCAGGGGAAAGAGCUAAAGCUUACUAAUCUUCAGGAAAAUUUGAGUGAAGUCAGUCAAGUGAAAGAGGCUUUGGAAAAAGAACUUCAGAUUUUGAAAGAAAAAUUUGCUGAUGCUUCAGAGGAGGCGGUCUCUGUUCAAAGAAAUAUGCAAGAAACUGUAAAUAAGUUACACCAAAAGGAAGAAGAGUUUAAUAUGCUGUCUUCUGAAUUGGAGAAGUUGAGAGAAAAUUUAACAGAUAUGGAGGCAAAAUUUAGAGAGAGAAAUGAAAGAGAAGAACAGUUGAUAAAGGCAAAGGAAAAAUUGGAAAAUGAUAUUGUAGAAAUAAUGAAGAUGUCAGGAGAUAAUUCUUCUCAGCUGACAAAAAUGAAUGAUGAAUUACGUCUAAAAGAAAGACAUGUAGAAGAAUUACAACUAAAACUUACAAAGGCUAAUGAAAACGCAAGUUUUCUGGAGAAAAGUAUUGGGGAAGUAACUCUGAAAGCUGAACAGAGUCAGCAAGAAGCAGUUAAAAAGCAUGAGGAAGAAAAGAAAGAAUUGGAGAAAAAACUGUUGGACCUGGAAAAGAAGAUGGAAACAAGCCACAAUCAAUGUCAGGAUCUGAAAGCCAGGUAUGAAAAAGCCAGUUCUGAGACAGAAAUCAAGCAUGAAGAGAUCCUGCAGAACCUACAAAAGAUGCUGUUGGACACAGAGGAGAAGCUGAAGGCUGCACAAGAGGAGAACAGCACCUUGUUGGUGAAGAUGGAGGAACUGAAAAAGCAAGCUGACAAAGCCAAAUUGGACACACUUAAAGAAAACAACUUGAAAAAUGUGGAAGAGCUGAACAAAUCGAAGGAACUCUUGACUGUAGAGAAUCAAAAAAUGGAAGAAUUCAGGAAAGAAAUAGAAACCCUAAAGCAGGCAGCAGCUCAGAAGUCCCAGCAGCUUUCAGCAUUGCAAGAAGAGAACGUUAAACUUGCCGAGGAGCUGGGGAGAAGCAGAGACGAAGUUACAAGUCAUCGAAAGCUGGAAGAGGAAAGAUCUGUGCUCAAUAAUCAGUUAUUAGAAAUGAAAAAAAGAGAAUCCAAGUACAUAAAAGAUGCAGAUGAAGAAAAAGCCUCCUUGCAAAAAUCCAUCAGUAUAACUAGUGCCUUACUCACAGAAAAGGAUGCAGAGCUGGAAAAACUGAGAAAUGAGGUCACAGUGCUCAGGGGAGAAAACGCCUCUGCCAAGUCCUUGCAUUCAGUUGUUCAGUCUCUAGAGUCCGAUAAGGUGAAGCUUGAGCUCAAGGUAAAGAACUUGGAGCUUCAACUCAAAGAAAACAAGAGGCAGCUCAACAGCUCCUCAGGUAAUACUGAUACUCAGGCAGAAGAGGAUGAAAGAGCCCAGGAGAGUCAGAUUGAUUUCCUAAAUUCAGUAAUAGUGGACCUUCAAAGGAAGAAUCAAGAUCUCAAGAUGAAGGUAGAGAUGAUGUCAGAAGCAGCCCUUAAUGGGAAUGGAGAUGAUCUCAACAAUUAUGACAGUGAUGACCAGGAGAAACAGUCUAAGAAGAAGCCUCGCCUCUUCUGUGACAUUUGUGACUGCUUUGACCUGCAUGACACAGAGGAUUGUCCUACCCAGACACAGAUGUCUGAUGACCCUCCCCAUUCCACACACCAUGGCAGUCGGAGUGAGGAACGCCCAUACUGUGAAAUCUGUGAGAUGUUUGGCCACUGGGCAGCCAACUGCAAUGACGACGAGACCUUCUGAUGAAGCCUCAAGUCAAGAACUGGGCUUUUUCAGAUGUGCUAGCGUUUAAGCAAUUUAACACCAGCAUUGUGUGUGCAGACUUCAGGAGAACUCAUAUGUUAUUUUUUGCCACCAUCAACAAAUCUAAGAAAAUAUUUUGAUCUUCACAAAUCACACUUUAGUCUUCCCUUAUAAGUUAGAUUAAUAAAUACUUAGUAGGUGAGUUUUCUCCUCUUACUUUGUUUUCUUAAGUUUGAAGACAUUGCACCAGAUGCCAUUACAUUCUUUGUCCCUCAUAAAAAAAUCCCUACCCAUACAAUACCUUAUUUAAAGUAACUAAAUUAUGCCAUUACUUUUCAUAUUUGCACUAAAAUAUUUCCAGGCUGCAUUUGUAUAUUUAGGUUUUUGGUUAAGCUUUGACACUGGAAUGAGUUGAAAAAAUGUGCCAUUUUGCAUUUUCAUCUACUCAUUUAAAAGUAUUUUAUUCAAAGAAAUAUCUGAGCUUUUUGCACUACCUGUUAUCAGUAGUGCCUUUAUUUCAGGCUUGAUAAUACUUAGGUGUGAUUAUAAAAUCAUGAAACAGGUAAAGGGAGGGGGAAGCCCCCAAACUGCUGUGGGGACAUUUUAUAAUCUAUAUGCUGCAUCCACUUUCUGUACUGUGUUUUGUUUAUUGGUUUUGCAUAAUUUUAGCUUCUAUAUAUUAUAUGUAUAUAUUUUUUUAAAAGCUAUAUUUUGGGAAAAAAACAUAUACAGUGUGUCUUUCUUUUCAGGUAUUUACCUUUAUGAGAAAGAAAACACUUAAAACGAUCAUCUGAACAUAAAAGAUGAAUCCAAAAAAUAGCAUCACAGGGCUUUGCAAUUAUUUUUUCCUUCUGUUUUCAUUUUGUUUCUUUACCAAAUUCUAAUAACUGGAAGAAUUUUCUCCAAAAUUUUUUUCCUUUUCUAGCAGGUAUCCCCAGCAGUCAAUUAAUUUAAUAAUAAGCCACUAUAAAACACCUAAAUUAACCAAUCUACAAUCUUCCUUUACAAGUUUAACUGUUUUUAGAUGAAUGUAUGAUGAGAAAUUCAAUGUUAAUAAUUUUGGAUUUUCUUAUCACAAAAAAUAAAAGGAAGGACCUCAACCAACAGAUAGUUUGUCAGCCAGUUUGAAUCUAUUUAUCUUCAUUUGAAUGUCUUUUAGAAUAUGUAAAAAAUAAUAAAAUGUAUCUUCCAUGCUACAUGUAUAGUAAGAACUUCUAUUAAUUGUAUAUAUGCCUUUGAUGUAUUUUCCCCUCAAGAUUAUCAACUGUGUUUGACAAGUGAAUAUUAAGUUAAUCUGUUAACAAUUGAAAUUUUUGUUAUAAACAUUAUAAUAGGAGUUGUUUCACAAACAGAAAACAUGUAAAACAGUAUUAAAAUUUGAGCAAACAAGUGUUCUGUAUCUACUUUAAUAAAUGGUUAUUCUUU